CCCCGCUGCUUACUUCACAAAUCUGGCAACACGAAUUUUGCACACAGAGAACGCAAACAUGGCUGCAGAGGAGGAAAGCGAAGUCACUUCUGCUGGAAUUUUUCAGGAAAUCUUCACGUCCCCGCUAAACCUGACCCUGCUCAGCCUCUGCUUGUUUCUUCUCUACAAAAUCUUCCGCGGAGACAAGCAGCCGGACUUUGGUGAGGUGGAAACACCGCUGCCUAAACUGAAAAAGAAGGAUUACACUUUGGCGGAGCUGAAGCCCUACGAUGGACUCCAGAAUCCUCGAAUCCUCAUGGCUGUCAACGGGAAGGUAUUUGACGUGACCAGAGGGAAGAAGUUCUACGGGCCAGAGGGGCCCUACGGCGUGUUUGCUGGCCGGGACGCUUCCAGAGGCCUGGCCACCUUCUGCUUGGACAAAGAGUCUCUGAAGGACGAGUACGACGACCUGUCGGACCUGAACGCCAUGCAGCAGGACAGCCUGGCUGAGUGGGAGGCUCAGUUCACCUUUAAAUACGACUACAUCGGCAAGCUCCUGAAGCCCGGAGAGGAGCCCACAGAGUACACCGACGACGACGAGGGGAAGGACAAGAAGGGCGACUAGAGCAGAGCGAGCGGCGAUCUGACGGAUGCCUUAGUGUUGGUUAAAUGACACAUUCAACUUUUAUUUAGUUCCAGUCUGUACACACUACUACUGCUUAAGGACCAAUCCAUGUUUAUCCACUUUUCUCAUCUUUGAGGACAUUAACCGACGCUCCGCUGCCAGCUCGAGCUUCAGCUCACUUCCUGUGUUUUAUCUCACGACUGAUUGGCUGUUGGAUUCAUUUCCACAAUAUUUCAAGAAGUAGAUCUCAUUUUAAUCAAAAUAAUUCGAUGAAAGCUGGAAAGUCUUUGACCAGAAAUAUGUUUUUUUUUUCUUACGUUAUUAGAAAUCCCUUAGUCUUUUUAUUUUUAAAUAAAAACUACCUUUAGAGAUAGAGCGGAUUGUUAGUCACCAACAAGUGAGACGUUUAGAUCAUCUCAUCUCGAGCUUCUUCUGAAUCUAUAUCAAAACUGCAACAAAACCAAACAUUUGCAGCUUUUUGCUCUGUAGUUUUCUCCUCGCGUUCACAGCUUUUCUAUCUUCAUCUCUGCUGCAAUACUCAUAAAUUGCAGUCACUCUCUCUUAAAACUAAGUGAUACAUUUCAAAUAAAGAAAAAUACUUUUUAAAAACCCAUCAUUUUUUUUGUGUGCGUGACUUAUUGUUCAGUUUGAAGAGAAAUAACCUGUGAUGAUCAUGUUGGAGCCCUCAAACAAACACUUCACAAAAUUAUAAUCCCAUGAUGGAAAAGACUCUUCUCUUAAACAAUUUCAAUCCAUACUGUUUUCUUCAGGCAAUCAAAGCAUUAGUAAUGCAUCCUUAUAAUAAAGUUUGUGUAGUUCUACAGAAAUUGUUUAUAUUUGUAGAGAUUACUUAAAGAAGAUGCUAUUUUCCUGACUGCAGAGGUUUUUUUGUAUUGAAGCUUCACUGUUGUCAUCCCUUUAACUUCUCAUAAGGUGAUUUUAAUUUUACAUGUACAUAAUAUUCUUCUGUCAUUAUGUGAUAAUCCUCAAUGAUAUUUUUGAUUUAAUAAAAAAAUGCAAAAUGAUGACUUGAA